CGGCAGGUUAACUCACCUGCGCUUCACCAUUGGUUUACGGACUCACAAGAGCUUCACAUUCACUCGUACGUCGGGUUUCUGUCGAGGGGUUACAGAGGAAAGCCAUUCAUUGGAAAAGGAACACCUUUAUUGCGGCCAGCGUUGCACACUUCGCCAUUUAGGAGAGGACCCUUUUUUUGACGUACUCUGGAGAACUUUCGGUCCUGUGCUCUUGUGAAAGAGCCACGACCUUCCACUCGCUCCCCCUCAUCCGCUCACAUUCACCCAAAUCAUGUCAGAGGACGGUGUAGUCGUGAAUGGUUCAGGGUCACAGCAUCGAACGGUGAAACUCACAGUCGUAGCUGCAGACGGUUUAUGUAAACGGGAUGUUUUUCGUUUACCGGAUCCGUUUGCUGUCGUUACUGUUGACGGAGAGCAAACACAUACUACUUGUCCUGUCAAACGCACGCUGAACCCAUACUGGAAUGAAAAUUUUGAUAUCUCAGUCACAAACAACAGCGUGAUCGCAGUGCAAAUUUUUGAUCAGCGAAAGUGGAAGAAAACAAAAGACCAGGGAUUUUUGGGGGUGGUGAACAUAUCUAUGAGCAACGUGUUCGACGUGAACAGUGGUGGCGAUGAAAUGUUGACACUCGAGUUAAAGAAGGGCAACACAAAUGAUUUCGUAUCGGGCAAGCUCAUUGUCAACCUUUCCAGCACAACAUUUGCCACACCUGCAGCAAACGGUGUCGGAGGAGCAACACUUGCGGCUCCACCCGAUCCUCUGGUCCGGAAUGCAUCGAUAUCAUCCAGUCAUUCACAUGCUUCUUCCUCACACGCUAACGGCACAAUACCUGAUGGUAUCACCAAUGGUGGUGGGGAGGCCACAGGAAAAUUGAAUCGUCCCCUAUCUACCCAGCAAAAUCGACCUGGUGUCGGCUCGAGUUCAGGAUCAACCACCCCUUCUCGUACAGGACUAUCAUCGACAGAAGACGCCCAAGGUCCCCUGCCUCAAGGAUGGGAAAGACGCGUAGAUCAUUUAGGACGAACAUACUACGUCGAUCAUAACACUCGCACGACGACUUGGCAUCGCCCAGCUUCUAAUGCUACUGAGGGCCAGCAACAGCUAGCGGAAAUGGAACGCCGUCGUCACAACAAUCGCACCUUACCUGCUGAAGCAACAUCAGCAUCUCCGACCCCAGCAUCUUCAUCCAACACCGCUGCUUCUACUCCUUCGACAUCUGUCAGCGGUUCUGCAACAGGCCCAUUACCAAAUGGAUGGGAGCAACGGUUUACGCCAGAAGGCAGACCCUAUUUUGUUGACCACAAUACGCGCACAACAACGUGGCUAGAUCCUCGUCGAGUUCAGCAGCAGAGCCGUGGAAGUUUCGGGCAACAGCUCACGCAAGGACAGGCUGCAAGUCAAUUGGCAAUAGCCCAGCAACAGUCCGUUGCUGCGUUGGGACCCCUCCCGUCAGGUUGGGAAAUGCGAAUGACAAAUACGGGUCGCACAUAUUUUGUUGAUCACAAUGCGAAAAUAACGACAUGGGAUGACCCUCGACUGCCCAGUAGUGUGGAUCAGAAUGUUCCUCAGUAUAAGCGCGACUUCAGAAGAAAGCUGGUGUACUUCCGGUCGCAACCGGGUAUGAGACCGACCCCCGGAUCCUGUCACGUUACUGUUCGACGAAGCAACAUCUUUGAAGAUGCGUACUCUGAGAUUAUGCGGUACCCUGCUCCAGAAUUGCAGAAGCGACUGAUGAUCAAAUUCCACGGCGAGGAUGGUUUGGAUUACGGUGGCUUAUCAAGAGAGUUCUUCUUUCUGCUGUCUCAUGAGAUGUUCAACCCUUUCUAUUGUCUUUUCGAAUAUUCUGCACACGACAAUUACACACUCCAGAUUAACCCAAACAGUGGUGUGAAUCCCGAGCACCUCAAUUACUUCAAAUUUAUUGGGCGAGUCGUUGGACUGGCAAUCUUCCAUCAACGAUUUUUGGAUGCUUUUUUCAUUACUGCUUUCUAUAAAAUGAUCUUGAAAAAGAAGAUUGUUAUGAAGGACAUGGAAAGUGUUGACGCAGAACAUUGGAGAAGUCUGCAGUGGAUGCUUGAUAACGACAUUACCGGCGUAUUGGACUUGACGUUCUCCGCGGAGGAAGAAGUGUUUGGUGUUGUGAGGACGGUAGAUUUGAAGCCGGAUGGACAAAAUAUCCCCGUCACGGAAGAGAACAAACAAGAGUACGUGGAGCUUAUUGUAGAAUGGAGGGUGUGUAAACGAGUGGAGGAGCAGUUCAAAGCGUUCCAGCAAGGAUUCCAUGAGUUGGUUCCUCCCGAUUUGAUCACUGUAUUUGAUGAAAGAGAGUUAGAGCUACUCAUCGGUGGUAUCGCCGAUAUUGAUGUGGAUGAUUGGAAGAAACACACGGAUUAUCGAGGAUAUCAAGAGACGGAUGAAGUAGUGCAAUGGUUUUGGAAGUGCGUCCGAUCAUGGGACUCUGAAAAGAAAGCACGCCUCCUCCAGUUCGUUACCGGUACCUCCCGAAUUCCAGUCAAUGGUUUCAAGGAUUUGCAGGGUUCUGACGGUCCACGGCGCUUUACAAUCGAAAAGGCUGGUGAAGGAGAACAGUUACCAAAAAGUCAUACAUGUUUCAACCGGCUGGAUCUACCGCCCUACCGCGGAAUGGAUAUUUUGGAGAAAAAGCUGACAAUGGCUAUCGAAGAAACUAUUGGAUUCUUGCAAGAGUAACGAAAUGAUACGAUGAACUCUGUCUGUACGCAGUUUCCACCUGGACAAUGCAUGCUUUGUCCUUGUUGUCUUUUUUUCUGUUUUAUUUGGGCAUGUCGUUGGCUUUGCUGUCUGCUUUCACUCUACUUGGAUUAAUGAUUUGCUACUUGUUUCUUUGGAGUUAUCGUUGUAUGAAUGUUGGAGGAAUGAAAGGGUUUUGUAUGAGAUUAAUGUAUUGGGGUUACGAAUAUCGACGACGACGUAGUGGCACA